AUUUCAGAUUCUCUUAAAACAUUUGGUCUGAAUGAAAGAGAUCCUGCUGUUCUUGUUGUUGCUAUAAGUAAAGGCGAAACAAAUAAAGUAAGUUUGGAAUAGAAAUUAACCCUAAUCCUAACCAUAAACAUUGUUAAUAAUUAGUGCUAUUCCAAACUAAUAGACCUUACUGAUUAUUCUCUUUUACCCAAUGGCCUCGUUUUCAUGUCAAAUACUUACUCAUGUUUUGUGCUUUAUUGAAAAUUACUUCGCUAUUGAGCCUAAGAACAGCAAGAAACAAAUUCGUCCAGGAAAACAUGGGAGUAUAAUCUUUAUCUGCCCCUGACAUGCUAAAACAAGUUAACAUGGAAACAAGGUCACUGGGUAAAAGAGAAUAAUCGGUAAGGUCUAUUGUGUUUUCGUUGUAGAUGAAAUCUAUAAUUCCGCUAAUCAAAGGAGAACAAGUGUUGUUAACCAAAUUACAAUCAAUUACUGAUGAAAAUAAAAUAAAAAAGGUAUGAUCAGAAUGUUCAACUACAGGCCAGUUCCACUGCACAUGUUUUCAUUGUCAAAACCCCACAAGACAGCAGUAGUUUAACUCUGUAUAUAAGAAGAUUUUUCCAUGUUAGCCUAGACAGAUUUUUAUCAGUGUACAUGGUGGUUACCAAAAAAUUGGGCUGAAAACAGGUUCUUAUUUUCUUAAGUAACUCAUUUUUUGUAGGUGUGGUUUGUAUGGAUUAUGUACAAAUUAUCUGACAGUCCAUAAUGCUAUGGAAACAUUGCUUACAGUUACUAGUCAAGUAUAGUUGAGAUUGUCAUGUAGUAUUUUCACUGAAAAAAUACAAUUUGUUGUUGUGUUCAUAGUCUUAUAGACAUGUUAUUUAUCUGAAUGGCAAUUCCAGGGUUCUGGGUCAUUUUCAUUACUUUGCGAAGAGCUUAUAUUUUCUUUGAUUUAUAAAUUCUUAGUUUUGACUCUAUUUGAUAAAACAAGAAACUGCUUUGAAAUUCUAACCUUAAAGCAGGUCUGAAUAUUUUUGUAUAGCCUAACCGGUUCUUAAAUUCUUGGUUCUUAUAUGCGGUGUUUUACUGUAUAUAUAAAACAUAAUUAGUCUCUCAUGAUCUUAACUAUAACCCUGCUAACUUUUGGAUCCUGACAAGUCUUAAUUGAAUACUUUUUGUUAGGAUCUUGUCAGGACCUUAGAUAUAAGCCCUCUAACUUCACGAUUGGACGGAAUCUUCUUUAGAAUUACCCUUUGUUGGGAUCUUGUCAGAUCCUAAAUACUAUCUUGUUGUCAUUAACCCAUUGAGCGCUAGCCAACGGCAGAGCGCUCUCCCAUUGACGAGUAAAGUCGUCUGAUGUUAGAUAGAGUAAAGUAAGAUCUUGGUGGGAUCUUAUCUAUUCAAUUUUAUUCUUGCCAGAUUUACAAGAUUCCUGAAAGCGAGUUGACAUGUGGUUCACUUACUGAUGCUGUGGUCACAAGGAUAGCAACGAAAGAUGCCAAUUAG